AUGAGCGACGCCUCCGGCCGUGUCUCUGUCCGGGCAUCCCCCAAGCUGGUGCGCGCUGGCUCCAAGAUCUUUGAGAGGCUGCAGUACUUCGAGGAGCGGCGGAGUAGCCUGGAGCAGGCGGACAGCCCCUUUCCCGGACGGGCUGCCCUUUUGCAGGCAGGUCCCACCGAAGGCAGCCCAUGCCCGGACGGGGGUCCCACGGUUGGAGCCCGUGCCCCCGGGGUGGUGAGCGAAGCCCUGGCUGCCCGGCUGGCUGUGCCGCAUGGGCCGUACAGGCGGCCGGAGGCACCCGUGGAGGUGCGGUUCCUGCCCUGGGCGAAGCCGGGGAUGGAGCAGGAGGCUCGCCUGGAGAGGAGCUGGGCAGGGCAGCACAGCGCGGGCAGGGAGGUGGAAAGAAGGCAGAUGAAAGUGUCAGAGAAGAAAGAGAGUGGCCGGACGGCUCAAGAAGGCAGGAGCACGCGGAGCAAGGGGAAGGGGCGCCGAGCCAGGCCCACCUCUCCGGAGCUAGAGUCCUCCGACGACUCCUACGUCUCAGCGGGUGAAGACCCCCUGGAAGCCCCCAUCUUUGAGAUCCCCAUCCAGGACAUGGCGGGGGGCUUGGCGGUGCCUGCCAGUAAUGCCCAUGGCCGCGUGGAGGGCUCUGCCGAGCUCUACGUGGAGGAGCCGCGGCCAUCUGCUGCCUCCCAGAUCUCCAAGCUGGAGAAGAUGCCGUCCAUCCCGGAGGAGCCGGAGCAGGUGGAGACGGAAGCAGAGUGCUUCACCAUGCCUGAUUUCCUGAAGCCGCUGCACAACCUGGAUGUGGUGGAAUCGAAGGAGGCUGUGCUGGAGUGCCAGGUGGGCGGGCUGCCCUACCCCUCCAUCACCUGGAAAAAAAACACCCCCGGGUUCCACAACGGCCCCCGCAUCGACAGCACCGACGACCGCAAGAUGAUGCAGUAUAAGGAUGUCCAUCGCCUGGUGUUCACGUCCGUCAGCCACGCGCAUGCUGGUGUCUAUAAAAGCGUCAUCGCCAACAAAGUGGGGAAGGCCACAUGCUACGCACACCUCUAUGUCACCGACGUGGUGCCGACCCCCCCGGACGGGCCCCCCACCAUGGUAGGUGCCCCCGCGCUGGGGGGCCAUGCCCCUCUGCCAGGGGGUGGCAUCACCCUACGGGGGGCUUUCUCGUACCUGCGGAGGGUGACAGAGAAGAGCAGCCGGCUGGACUUUGCCGCCAAGUUUGUCCCCGGGAGGACCAAGGCUAAGCAGUCAGCGCGCCGGGAGCUGCACAUCCUCUCACAGCUGGACCACGAGCGCAUCGUCUUCUUCCACGACGCCUUUGAGAAGAAGAACGCCGUCAUCAUGGUCAUGGAGCUCUGCGCCGAGGAAGAGCUGCUGGACAGGAUGGCAAGGAAGCCCUCGGUGUGCGAGUCUGAGGUGGGGAUUUGCUACUUGCACCAGCACAGCGUCCUGCACCUGGACAUCAAACCAGAAAACCUCCUGAUGGCGGAUUCGAGCAGCGAGCAGGUCCGGAUCUGUGACUUCGGCAAUGCGCAGGAGCUGACACCUGAGGAGCCACAGUACUGCAAGUAUGGCACCCCCGAGUUCGUGGGCCCCGAGAUCGUCAACCAGAGCCCCAUCUCCAGUGUCACUGACAUCUGGCCCGUGGGGGUCAUCGCCUACCUCUGCCUGACGGGGAUCUCCCCCUUCGUGGGGGAGAAUGACAAGACAACGCUGAUGAACAUCCGCAACUACAACGUAGCCUUUGAGGAGAGGAUGUUCCAGGGGCUCACCCGGGAAGCCAAGGGCUUCGUCAUCAAAGUGCUGGUCAAUGACAGGCUGAGACCCAAUGCGGAGCAGACCCUGGAGCAUCCCUGGUUCAAGACGCUGGCCAAGGGGAAGGUCAUCAGCACUGACCACCUAAAGCUCUUCCUCUCCCGUCGGAAAUGGCAGCGCUCGCAGAUCAGCUACAAGUGCAACAUGGUGCUGCGGCCGAUCCCGGAGCUGCUGGAGGACACAUCCAACCACCUCUCCAUCGCCGUGCCACGGCACCUCAAGGAGUCGCCGGCGCUGUCAUCCUCCUCGGACUCGGACGACCUGGAGGAGCUGCCCUUCAUCCCCAUGCCACACCAGGUGGAGUUCUCUGGCUCCCGCAUGUCGCUCAAUGAGAUCCCCACGGAUGAUGAGGCCAUUGGGCCAUCUGAAGGGCCGCGGCUGGAGGGCGUUGCGCCGGGGGAUGUCUCCGCCAUGGAGUGGCAGAGCCAGGGUGUGGAAGAGCCUGGGGUGGCCCUGGGGAAGCGGCCGAGGGGCGCCGGGCCCCGGCGGCUGUGCAUGGAGGCGGAGGCGCCUGGCUCCUCUGAUGAAGAAGCCCCCGAAGCCCAGAAGCGGCCAGAGUACCCCCGCAAAGCCAUGAGGAAGGGCUCCAGCCUGGAGUCCCCGGGGAGGGCCCGGCGGGGAGAGCUGAAGAGGGGGGGCUCGGCUGACAGCGCCCUGCUGCUCCACCAGUCCCCGGGGACCGAGGAGGGGGCUGAGGCGGGCCGGGACCCUCGCCGGGCCCUGGCCCAGGCGGACGGCCGGCAGAUGCUCACCAUUGCCAGGGUGUCCAGGAAGGAUGCGGGGCUGUACGAGUGUGCAGCCGCCAACGCCCUGGGCACGGCCAUCAGCUCCUGCACGCUGGCUGUGGCGCGGCUCCCCGGGCGGCCGGGCACCCCGGAGAUCCCCCAGAAGUACAAGAACACGGUGCUGGUGCUGUGGAAGCCUGCGGAGAGCAAAGCCCCCUGCACCUACACGCUGGAGCGCAGGCUGGACGGGGAGGACGAGUGGAAGAUCAUCAGCACUGGCAUCGCUGACUGCUACUUCAACGUGACGGAGCUGCCCCCCGGGAGUGCUGCCAAGUUUCGGGUGGCCUGUGUCAACAAGGCCGGGCAGGGUCCCUACAGCACCCCCUCGGGGAAGGUGCACCUCGAGGCAAUGCCCCCCUACAUGGUCACCUCGUUCGUCUCCAUGCCCCCCACGUCAUCCUCCCCGCAGGAGCCCCCCGCCACUGCCCCAUCCUCCAAGGAGCCCCCAGCUGAGAGCGGGACCCCAGGGGCAAAGGAUGGCACAGCACUGCGGCAGGGCAUCCCCCAAAAGCCAUACACUUUCUUGGAUGAGAAGGCAAGGGGUCGUUUCGGGGUGAUCCGUUUGUGCAAGGAGAACGCCACGGGGAAGCACUUCAUGGCCAAGAUCGUGCCCUACGAGGCAGAGAGGAAGCAGAGCGUGCUGCAGGAGUACGAGAUCCUCAAGGCGCUGCACCAUGAGCGCAUCAUGGCCCUGCACGAGGCGUACAUCACCCCCCGCUACCUGGUGCUCAUCUGCGAGAACUGCGCCGGCAAGGAGAUCCUCUACAGCAUCGUGGACAGGUUUCGCUACUCAGAGGACGACGUGGUGAGCUACGUGCUGCAGCUCCUGCAGGGCCUCGAGUACCUGCACAGCCGCCGCAUCGUGCACCUCGACAUCAAGCCGGACAACGUCGUCAUCUCAGGCAUGAAUGCCCUCAAGAUCAUCGAUUUUGGCAGCGCCCAGACCUACAACCCCCUCGUGCUGCGGCAGCUGGGGCGGCGCGUUGGCACCCUGGAGUACAUGUCGCCGGAGGUGGUGAAGGGUGACCCAGUGGGCUCCGCAGCAGAUGUCUGGGGUGUUGGCGUCCUCAUCUACAUCAUGCUCAGCGGGCGGUCACCGUUCUUCGAACUAGACCCCAUCGAGACAGAGAACCGCAUCCUGGCAGGGCGCUUUGAUGCCUUCAAGCUGUACCCCAACGUCUCACAGAGCGCUGCCCUCUUCAUCCGCAAGGUUCUUGCCGUCCACCCCUGGAGCCGCCCCACAGUGAAGGACUGCUUUGCCAACGCCUGGCUCCAGGAUGCCUAUCUGAUGAAGCUGCGCCGCCAGACGCUGACCUUCACCACCAACCGCCUCAAGGAGUUCCUGGUGGAGCACCAGCGGCGCCGCGGCGAGGCUGUCACCAAGCACAAGGUCUUACUCCGCUCCUACCAGGGCGGCCAGCCCCCGGGGCUGCAGUAGCCAGUGCCUCGGCCGCGGCCCCGCAGCG